AUGGCGCACAGAGUUUUUCUAGUCACUGGCUGCUCAACCGGCUUCGGCUCUCAUCUCGUUCAAGAAGUCAUUGACCAGGGAGAUAUUUGUGUUGCUACGGCACGGAAUCCGGAUCAGCUCAAGUUCAACAACACUUCUGACAAGGAAGACAUUGAAUACGCAUUCACCCAAGCCUUGAAAAAGUUCAACCGCGUCGAUGUGGUCGUCAACAAUGCAGGUUACGGUCUCGCGGGCCCGUUUGAGGAGGUCGACGAGCAGCUGGCGCGAACGCAGAUGGACGUCAACUUCUUUGGUCUAAUUGCCGUAACCAGAAAAGCCAUGAGCGUCAUGCGAGAACAAAAGCCGCCGGGAGGAGUGAUUCAGCAAGUGACGUCAAUCGGAGGUCAAACUGGAGUCCCGCUUUUUAGCAUCUACUGUGCGAGCAAGUGGGCGGUGGAAGGUUUCACGGAGGCACUGAGCAAAGAGGUCAAGCCCGAAUGGAAUAUCAAGUUCACUUGCGUCGAGCCAGGUGGUUUCAGGACGGACUGGGCCGGUCGCUCGAUGAAAUUUCCCGAGAAAAGACACCCAGCCUAUGAUCAUCUUGAUGCCAAGGAGAAGAUGGGAGCUCGCCAUGGUACACAAGCCGGAGAUCCAAAGAAGGGUGGAAAAGCAAUGUAUCAGCUGGCCGUCAUGAAGGACCCACCGCUACGGAUGGUCAUUGGAAGCGAUGCUUACUCCUCUAUCCAAGGGAAAUUGAAGGACUACAGUGAGCUAUAUGGACGACCGGACAUGAAGAAGCUGGCUUACAGCACUGACGUGGACGGAUGGAAGCAGCCAGAGUAG